AUGCCGCCGCCGCCAGGGGGUCAGCUGCUGGACGACGUCGACAAGGCGGCGCUGGGCGAAACAUACGCCGCGGAGGAGAUUCUCGGCGAAGGCACGUACGGCGUCGUCUUCCGCGCGCGCAACACCAUCACCGGGGCGAUGUACGCCAUCAAGAAGCUGCGCCUCGAAGGGCUGCGCGAGGGCGUGCCGGCCACCACUGUGCGGGAGGUGACGCUGCUGCACGACCUCAGUGAUCACCCCAACGUGGUGCGGUUGCUGGAAGUGCUCUGCUGCCACCACCGCGUCUACUUGGUGUUCGAGCUGCUGGACGAGGACCUGCGCUGCUUCAUCCGCCGCCUGCGCCCGGUGGGGACGGAGGGGCGGGGCGUGUCGGUUGUGCCGCUCGCGAUGGUGAAGGACUUCACCCGGCAGAUGUUGCACGCACUGUGGAGCUGCCACAACAACCGCAUCAUCCACAGGGACCUGAAGCCCGGCAACGUGCUACUGGCCGCCACGAAGAGGGACAAGGGUGACCCGGCCGGGUCGUACAUUGUGAAGCUCGCCGACUUCGGCCUGGCGCGCACCUUCGAGAUGCCGCUGCUGACGUACACGCGGGAGGUCAUGACGCUGUGGUACCGUGCGCCGGAGAUACUGCUGGGUGAGCGGCACUACACCCCCGCAGCCGACGUGUGGUCCGUUGGCUGUAUCGUGGCGGAGAUGGUCGUCGGAUAUUCCCUCUUCCGCGGCGAGUCGAAUCACGACCAGCUCGACAAGAUCUUCUAUGUUGUUGGCACACCGACGGAGGAGACGUGGCAGGGCGUCACGGCGCUUCCCGGCUACAGUCGCUCGUUUAAGGUGUACCGCGUGGCGCCCCUGCCGACGCGACUGCCCAACUUCGACAAGGAGGCGGUGGAGUUCUUUGCGUUCAUCCUGCAGACCAACCCGAAGAACCGGCCGACCAUCGCAAGCAUUCUUAAGCACCCAUUCCUUCAGGGCGAUUGA